UAUGUUUGCUUCACGAUGGGACCAAGUCGAAUCCGUUGCGGUACGUGCCGAACCGAUCGUCUACCCUACAUCCUUUCAUUCCUUUACCGUGCCUCCCUUCCUCCUCCCCCAGGAGUGCUUCUAUCGGACCUCACAAGAAACUAUAAAAUCACCUGCCCGGGAGCAUCCCCAAGCAGAAGUCUUCACUCGCUCGACACCAAAUAGGAGUCAUCACUCAGUCACUCAUCGAUCCCAUCAUAUCAAGCUGUCUCAUUCUACGAUAAAUAGACGAGUGUCCGUCUACAAUUGCCGCUAGAGAGAGCAUCUAGUCUUGACAGGAUGUUGCAACUACAAGCGUCACUCCCCCUUCCAUGCUCGGACGUCAUGUCCAAGCCUUCGAGAGCCCACGCUUACACGGGGCAAUUCGACUUUCUCGGAAUCGAUCCUUCAACUGAUCGCCUGGAAACGAUCGCGAAGCUCUCGUUUCCAGAUCCGCCCCGUCCCCCAACUCCGGGACCCCCUCCACGGCCACCCCCAAUACCCCCCCGUCCGCCUGUACCAACACCACCGCCCAGCCCACAAUCUCCACUGGCGUGCUUUUACAUAUUGGCGGCUCAGGAAUUCUCUCUUCUCGCUGCUGCGGUUCGGUUCGCUCUAGGAGUGCCCAUCUCAUACCCUCACCCCCCUCGCCCGCCUACGCCAGGUCCCAGACCAGGCCCCAUUGGCCCUCGGCCAGAUGUGCCUACGCCACCGCCUAGCCCGCAGAGAUCGGUGAAAUACACAGCUGGCGAGAUGACUCAGGACGACCGGGUUGUCAAAAUUAACAAUCUUGACACGUAUCCACUCGGACCGUUCCAUGCUUCCUGGGGACUUCAAGUUUCCCGAGUGGCAGCUAAGCCGGCGACGUCAGCGCUCAACCUGCGUGGGGAUACAGUCAUAGGAACCGAGAGAAAACUAUACGAUGAUAAGCUUACCGAUGGAUCUGAUAUGCGAGGUGAAACAAGAUUGCAUACCUCCGUCUACGCUGCAACCCCCAACGGGGCACUCGAUCUCCACAUGUCUCAUCCCGGCUCCUGCAGCGCAAGCAAGUCAUACGUCCCAGGGCUAUCUCUACACGAUGGCGUGGGAACUUGCGCCCAAGACUCGGGUCCACUGCCGGAUCCAUCGCCGGGAUCUUCAGAGGGCCGCCCUGGUCCAUUUGGCUCCGCCCCAGGCUUGUCUUUCGCCACAGUCACGACGAGCCAAGCCGCUGACGUAUAUCGCAAACCGGAGUCCGACGCUACAGUCACGGGAAGCGCAUUUCACCUACAGCUGGAGGCACGACGCGCGGGAGCUCUGAGUGGCCAGAACUCGCGCUCCUUCGCGCAGGGGAUCGCCUCCCCGGAACCGAGAGCGCCGGGUGGUAGUGGUGGUGGUGGUGGUGGCGACGCCGCCAUCUGCCGGCCCGCUGCCUCUGGAGCGCGCUCGUGGGCUUCGGGACUGCAGACCACAUGCUAUAAACAGCAGAUAAGCAGCUUGAACGCACCCCAGGCUCGUCUGGGUGCCGCUUACUGAGAGAGCUGCCGCGAGAGGCAAAUCGGACCGGACGCUGCCUCUGGCGGAUGCGAUUGGCGCUCGACGAUAGUACGACGCUGACGCGCAGGCUGCGCGGCGCCAGGCACCGCACCGCCUUGAGCUAGUUUCUGGAGGUUGCGUUCCU